UGGUCUUAAUAACGCUUUGUCAUACUCGUGUAUAUAAAAGGAAGUAAUAGUAAUUUUUUCUAUUAAUUUUUAUUCAAAAGUGAAUCUUCGUUUCUUGCAGAAUGUUGAAAUACACGAGCAUUUCGUUUUUAUUAAUAAUUCUUUUAUUUUCCUUCACUAACGCUAAUCCUGAUUGUUUGCUGCCAAUAAAGACGGGCCCUUGCAGGGGCGGUUUCCGAAGAUAUGCCUACGAUUCAUCGGAGGACAAAUGCGUUGAAUUCAUCUACGGAGGUUGCCAAGCGAAUGCUAAUAAUUUUGAGACUAUAGAAGAGUGCGAAGCCGCCUGCCUGUACAAUACGUGCGAGUGUUCAUGUCCUUAAUUAUAUAUGGUAAUAAUUAAUUAUGGUAAUGUUGGUUUAUAGUGGUGGUAAUUUUGCAAUUUAUGAAAUAAAAUAAAUGUGAUAAG